AUGAUUAAAACGUUGCGAAAAUCAAUUUUAUUUUUAGCGGCUACUGUCGCAUUGUAUUUUUCUAUUACUUUAAUUGUGUUAAGUAAUAACGAGAAGCAAUAUUCUAAUGACAAGAUUAAUACGGGUUAUUCAAGUAUAGAUUGGUGCAAGAAAUUGCAUUGGCGGACGCCGCCUCUGCCCUUCGCAAUAGCACUUGCGUCUUAUCCUGGUAGUGGGAACACUUGGCUCAGGUAUCUUUUGCAGCAAGUCACUGGAAUUGUUACGGGUUCAGUAUCUUUGGAUUAUAGUCUACGUAAAAAAGGAUUUCCCGCUGAAAAUAUAUCUGAUGGCUCAGUACUUGUUGUUAAAACUCAUAAAUACCCACCUAAAAAUUCUAAUAAAUUUGAAUCAGCCGUGUUACUAAUUAGGAACCCAAGAGACGCUAUUUUGGCGGAAUUUAAUAGAAUUAAUAGUGGGCACACAGGCAUCGCUCCGAAAUCAGCUUUCGAGAUGAAGGUACGGGCCCCGAGGAGAAAAGUUUGGGUUCCAUUUGUUUCAAUUCAACUGAGAAAAUGGGAAUAUUUUCACAAUUUAUGGCUAACGAAAUUCCCUGGACCGGUGUACAUAGUGUUUUAUGAGGCGUUAUUGAGCGAUACAAGAAAUACACUUCAAGGGAUUUUGAGUUUUUUAAAUAUCACUGUCACUGAGGAUGACAUGAAUUGCGCGCUAUCAAACAAAGAUGGCCUGUACAAACGCAACAAAAAAUACAAAGACUUCGAUCCAUUUACUCUGGUUAUGUACAGACAGAUAAAUAUAGUGAAAACAAGAGUAUAUACUAAAAUCAUUGAUUCAACAAAAUGACGGAUAUCGUAAAAUAAAUGUUUUAAGCAUUUUAACGAAAUCAAUAGCAAUAUGGCUUUGUUUGAAGGAUGGAAACUCAUGAAAUUCCCAAAGUUAUUAA